GAGACUACAUCCGUCGGCAACGAGAACUAACCCAGUGACGUUUCGUUGGACACGUCGUCAUAUGCGUCUCCACGUUUCUUCUUACGCAGGCGCGACACUCGCGCUCGCCAUUGAAUCUUGAGUGAUCUUGAGUCUCGUAACAGCAGGACAUAUCGAGUGGUUGGCUGCUGAGUUUGUCGUUAUUUGAAAAAUUGCGGAGAAUGUCAGGCAAAUCUAAAGCAUUUACGAAGGAGGAAGAGCUGCUGCUACAGGACUUCUCCAGGAAUGUCUCGACGAAAUCCUCGGCGCUGUUCUAUGGGAAUGCGUUUAUUGUUUCGGCGAUACCCAUCUGGUUAUUUUGGAGAAUACAUUUGAUUGAUCUGUAUGCUAACUUAAUCUCUUUCAUAGGGAUUACAUUAUUAAGCACAUACGCUCUUGCAUUAGCAUAUAAAAAUACAAAAUUUAUCCUCAAACAUAAGAUUGCUGUGAAAAGAGAAGAUGCUGUAACGAAGGAAAUAAGUCGUAAACUUGCAGAAGACAAGAAAAUGAGUAAGAAGGAAAAGGACGAAAGGAUUUUGUGGAAGAAGAAUGAGGUAGCAGAUUAUGAAGCAACAACAUUCUCUAUUUUCUACAACAAUGCCCUUUUCUUGGCACUCGUCAUUGUAUCUUCAUUUUACAUUCUAAAAACUUUCUCGCCUGCGGUAAAUUACAUACUUUCCGUAGGAGCUACUAGUGCACUCUUAGCGUUAUUAUCAACAGGAUCUUAAUAAUAUAUAUGUCAUGGUAUAUUUUGUUAUCUAAUUUCAUAAGAAAUCUUCAACAAUGAUUCAUCUUUUUCAUAUGAACAAUUAUAAAUUAUGAUAUAUGGUAUAAAUUAUGAUAAUAAACAUAUUUCUAUUUGCAAAACAA